AGAACAACUCAACCUUCACACAAAAUGGCUCUAAAAAGCUAUGGAAAAGAAUGUUGUUUGAAUGCAAUGAAAAUAUGAAUAUUGUGAAGUGAAUCAACCUUAAAUGACUUACAACGGUCAUGCCUAACCAUCGAUGGGUACGCUUUCCCAUCGCUGGGUUCCCAUCAAUGGGUAGAAGUCCCCAUCGCUGGGUAAGGUUGUUCUGCCUUGUGUUGAUGUUGGACCAAGGCUUUAACAGCGAUGGGUGGAACCUCCCAUCGCUGUUUGGCAUGGUUCUGGAAGUUGGUUUGGCUAAGGGGCCGCUUACCCAUCAAUGGGAUGUUCUUCCCAUUGCUGGGUGGGUGGUUAACCUAUGGUUGCAAAUCGGAAAGCGAAACCCAUCUCCACUUUUGCCCUUCUUCUGGACGGACGCAGAUGACUGUGCUGGUGCUGCCUUAGCCUUCAUGCUCAGAGAGGAUACUCAAUGUAUUCACCUAGACUUCUGGUGCCCUAUCAUCAACAACAAAAUCAGAUUCUCUGCUGUCUAUGGGGGUCAUUGCUCUACUGUCAGAAGAAUACUCUGGGAAGAUCUCAACAAUGCUAGCACAGAUUCCCACCUUUGGAUUGUGGGUGGUGACUUCAACACCAUCCUUAGCCUGGAUGAACAUAAAGGCUCCUCCUCUCCUUAUUAUAAGGACUUGGAAGACUUUAGUGAUUGCAUUGAUGCUUGUGGUCUAACAGCCCAACCUUUCACUGGUGGAAUCUUUACUUGGAGUGGCACAAGAAGUAAAGGAAAGCUUUGGAGAAGGUUGGACAGGGUGCUUCAUAAUCAAUCAGCUAUUGAGGCCUUCAAAGAAAUCAAUCUCACCCACCUUAGCAAGACAACCUCAGAUCAUAAGCCUUUGCUAAUUCAAUGCAAAGAACAAGGGUUUAAGGGCCCCAAACCUUUCAGGUUUCUUAAUGUUUGGACUACACACCAUAGUUUUUUGGAAGUGGUCAGUAAUUACUGGGCACAUAGCCCUAGAACAGGAGGAAUGACUGGCUUUGCUAGUAAACUUAAGGGUUUGAAACCUGUUCUGGCCCACUGGAGCAAGAAUCAUUUUGGAAACAUUUUUAAGGAGGUUAAGGAUAAUGAAAUUAAAGCAGCCAGAGCCCAAGAGGAUUUUGAAAAUGACCCAACAGAGGAAAAGAGAGCUCAGGCUAAUCUAGCCUCAGCUAAUCUGAUCCUUAGCCUUAACAAAGAAGUGGACUUCUGGAAACAAAAGGCUAACAUCAAGUGGAUGUCAGAAGGAGAUUGCAAUUCCAAAUUUUUUCAUUCAUUUGUCAAAAGCAAAAGAAGAAAACUUGCAAUCAAAACAAUCCAUGAUGAUCAAGGCAACAUUUUGACAACUCAAGAGGAUAUUUGCAGAGAGGCUAUUCACUAUUUUUCUAAUUGCUACACCACAGUCACUAAGUCAGAUGAAUCCAUUAUUUCUCAAUUCAUUGAUCAAGUCAUUGAUCACAGAGACAAUCAACUCAUCUGCUCUAUUCCAUCUGAAGCUGAAAUUUAUAAAGCUAUUAUGAAUCUUAAUCCUGAUAGUGCAGCUGGCCCGGAUGGUUUCAAUGGGUACUUCUUUAGAAUUUGCUGGAAGAUUAUCAAGGUGGAUGUCAUUCUUGCCUGUCAGGAAUUCUUCUUGGGAUUUCCAGUCCCCAGAUCAUUUGGUAGCACAUUUAUUACCCUCAUUCCCAAGAUUGAAGAUCCGAAAGGGUUUGGAGACUACAGACCCAUAUCCCUCUCCUCCUUCAUGAGCAAAAUUAAUACAAAGAUCCUAGCUACCAGAUUGGCCACAUUGCUGCCCAAAUUUAUCUCAGAAGAGCAGACAGGAUUUCAAAAGAACAAGGGUGUUGAGGAACAGAUUCUAUUGGCUGAAGAAAUGGUGCACAUGCUAGAUAAAGAGGUAAGAGGGGACAACUGCAUUGUCAAGUUGGAUAUGGCAAAAGCCUUUGAUAGGGUGGAGUGGAGCUAUCUUAUUAAAAUUUUGGACAAACUUGGGUUCAACUUACACUCACAAAAGCUGCUUAUGGCCAAUCUAGUAGGUACACAUCUCUCUAUUCUUAUAAAUGGCACACCUGCUGGUUUCUUUCAAAUGAAGAGAGGGGUGAAACAAGGUGAUCCUCUCUCACCUCUUCUCUUUUUUAUUAACAGUGAGGGCUUCACAAGAAUGAUCAACCUACACAUGAAGUCCACCUAUCUGGGCAGCUACAACACAGGCAAUCACCCUUUGAUAAGCCACUUGGCUUUUGCAGAUGACCUAGUGGUUUUCCUCAAUGGGGACACUAGAAACUUGAAAAAAUUUAGAAGGAUUUUAGAGGACUAUCAGAAAGGGUCUGGGCAACAAGUGAACCUUAACAAGAGCAGCUUUUAUACUGGGAAGAAGGUCAACCAAACUAAAAUUGCCUCAAUGUCCAGAAGUCUAUGUAUGGAUCAUGGGACACUCCCCUUCACUUAUUUAGGUGCAACUAUGGUUAAAGGCAAGUUAAGAAAACAGCAUUGUUCUAAGCUCCUGAAUCACUUUGACAGAUAUCUUAACUCUUGGUUUAGCACCACUCUCAAUCCCACGGGGAGACUUGUGUUGAUCAAACAUGUACUCUCAUCCAUACCUUUACAUAUCACAGCUGUCCACACAAUCCCCCAAUCAAUUAUACAGAUUCUCCAUAGAAAGAUGGCAAAUUUCCUAUGGGGAUUCAAGAAUGGUAAACCUAAAUACCACUGGAGCAAGUGGAACAACCUGUGUGUACCAACUAAUGAAGGAGGACUUAACCUGAAAAGCCUAGAAGAUUUACAGGAAGCCUACUCCAUCAAGCUAUGGUGGAAAGUUCAAACAGACAACACUAAGUGGGCUAAAUUCAUGAGAAUUAAAUACCUUAGACAGUCUGAUUUUAAGGAAAGAAUUUAUGACUCUCCAACUUGGAAGAGAAUCUGCAGAAUCAAUACCACUGCCAGGGAACAUACUUCAGAGGAAGGAGAUCACAUCAGCUGGGGGCUCGUUCUACAAACUGCCCGAAAAUCUACCCGCGGAACGGUCGACCGUACCCUAACAGCGGUCGACCGUGGGCUACGGCCUGGGUCUGGGUCACAGACGGUCCACCUUGGUCAUCCGUUGCGGUCGGCGGUCGACCGUCACGAUGGUGACCGUCGAAUUGGCUGACGUUACGGUCCACCGUCCAAAGCGACGGUCGACCAUCCCGAUGACAAUCUUCUGUCUUUGGCUACGUUUGAUUCAUUUUGCAAACUUAAUACCCUGAUUCUUUUCAGAGCAAUACUACAAACAUUGGUGAAUAUAUUUCUAGUGAUUCCUAGGCCAAUAUAUAUAUAUAAGUUUUACGUAGUGAACGUUUUGAUGGCUAACCUACGAACAUGCAUAGAUUCUACGUAGGUUGCGUACGAUAUUUCUAUGAAUAUAACGACAUAGAAUAUAACUAAAUGUUCUAGAAUUAG